AUGGAUAACAGCAAGCCAGUGAAGACGCCUCAAGAUCCCGGCCUGAAGCUAACCAAGAACAUGUGUGAACAAGAAUGCAAGCACGAAGACACCAUGUGCAACGUGCCAUAUCGAAGUGCUGUCGGAGGCAUCAUGUAUCUCAUGGUCGCCACACGUCCGGAUCUAGCUGCUGCAGUGGGAUCAUUAUCCCAGUUCUCGUCCGACCCAUGCCCGACUCACUGGCAAGCUUUGAAGCGUGUGCUGAGAUACCUGCAAGCAACGCCCAAUCAUGGUCUUGAGUUUACACGUGAAGAAGGAAGCCGUAUCUGCGGGUACACCGACGCAGACUGGGCCGGCGACAUUGAGUCAAGACGAAGUACAAGCGGAUAUGUGUUCAUGAUGAGCGGAGGAUGCAUCAGCUGGAAAAGCCAGAAACAACGGACGGUCGCGCUAUCUUCAACAGAAGCAGAAUACAUGGCGCUUUCCCGAAGCAACCAAAGAAGCAGUAUGGCUCAAAGUGCUUUUGGGGGAACUUGGUGA